ACUGGGUCACCAACCGCCCUCGGAGUAUAGCAGUAGCUGGAAAUAUGCUUUCGGACCACGGCAUCUCACCCAAAACGCCGCCGUUACAAUUUCCAGAGCGAAGAAAAACAUUUCCGGUUCCUCCGGGAUUUCAUCUACCUAUCGAUCAAAGCGGCGAGACUGUCAGAUUCAACCAUUCCAUUCAGUGAGAAAGCAAGAAAAGAAAUGGAAGGAAAUUGAAUGAUCGUAUCUCAUUGGAAGAAAAAAUGGAAGCAAAAAUGUGCUUCGAGUGCCUCCAAGGCCGAAUCAAUUCCGAUUUCUCCGACCGACUCGUUUUCUCCUAUGGACUCUCCGACUCCGACUCCGCUCUCCCCCUCGGCUCCUCUGCCGUCUUUCAGAUGUCUAAUCCAGGUGUGGAGGGCUCAGCUUCUCAGUUCAUAAUAGUGUAUACUCCCUCUCAUCACCAGAAUUGCUUGACCAAAUAUGUUAAUGAAUACAUAGAGGAAAAUCUUGAAGAAAGUAGUAGUAAUUGUGGGAUUGAUAAUAAUCCUUGUGACAAAGCUACUUCAUCAGAUUUGUUAAGUGGUGGCAAAAAGAAUUCCCAAGAGACUUCUACCUGUAACCAUUCUGGUAGGUUCUCUUGCUUGAGGACAAUCACUGCUUUGGCCCCGAUUGCUCAUGUUGGGAUUUUUUCCUACUCAACUUUUGAAGAAAUUGUUGCCAACUACCUGUCUGGGUCUCUGGAAGAUCACAUAUUGUGCUCGCUUAGUCUCUUGAUUGAAGGGAAAGCUUCAGCACGAGAUAGCAUAAAUUUUCUUGGUUUAAUUGGGAUACCGUCAUUUCAUGAGCAUACCUUCCCUGGUUCCCUGAGGCAUCCAAAUAUAGCUCCUGUUCUUGCAAUCCUCAAGACAUCUAGCUAUACUACUUUGGUACUUCCAAAAGCACCGUACACCUUGGAAAACAUUCUCCAUUAUAGCCCGAAUGCUUUAAAGUCUGAGUGGCAUAUAAAGUUUUUAAUAUAUCAGAUUCUCUCGGCCCUGGCUUACAUGCAUGGUUUAGGGUUUGCCCAUGGUGAUAUAUGCCCAUCCAGUAUAAUGUUGACCGAGUUAUGCUGGUCUUGGCUGUGCAUUUGUGAUAAGCCUUGGUUAGGAUUUAAUUUAAGUACUAGACAAAAUGAAUGCACUGAUACCACCCCUGUGAAGAUAGGUUGCUACAUAGAGGGUUGUCCAUCUCAAGGUCUUUACGCUGAUUUGAAGCUUUCCCCUUCUAUAGACUGGCAUUCUGAUUUUAAUCUGUGGUGGAGGGGAGAGAUGAGUAAUUUUGAGUACCUGCUCAUUUUAAAUAGAUUAGCUGGGAGAAGGUGGGGUGACCACACAUUUCAUACGGUAAUGCCAUGGGUGAUAGAUUUUAGCACAAAACCUGAUGAAAAUUCUGAUGCAGAGUGGAGGGAUUUAAGCAAGAGCAAAUGGCGGUUGGCAAAAGGGGAUGAACAGUUGGACUUCACCUAUUCAACAUCUGAAAUCCCUCACCAUGUAUCAGAUGAAUGCCUUUCAGAAUUGGCUGUGUGCAGUUACAAAGCAAGAAGGUUACCUUUGAGUGUUUUGCGUACGGCUGUUCGUUCAGUCUAUGAACCUAAUGAGUAUCCUUCUACCAUGCAAAGACUCUACCAAUGGACCCCUGAUGAGUGUAUUCCUGAGUUUUACUGUGAUCCCCAAAUUUUCAGUUCUCUGCAUGCUGGUAUGACUGAUUUGGCCGUACCUUCAUGGGCAGAUAGUCCUGAGGAGUUUAUUAAAUUACAUCGCAAUGCUUUAGAAAGCGACCGAGUCUCACGCCAAAUCCAUCAUUGGAUUGAUAUCACCUUCGGGUACAAAAUGUCAGGUCAGGCAUCUGUUGAUGCCAAAAAUGUUAUGCUGUCUUCUUCAGAGCCCACAAUGCCAAGGUCAGUGGGACGCCGCCAGCUCUUUACUAGACCUCACCCUAUGCGUUGCAACGGUAUCAGGAGAACAUGUGAUAGCGCCAAUGGAUCAACUAAGCAUCAAUGCCAAGCAAAUGAAGUAGAGAGUGAGAAACGUUUCCUCUUUGAAACUGCUUAUUUAAAAGAAUUAGAAGAAGCAUCUGCCUUUUCUGAACAUGCUAGGCAUUUGAGUGCUCUUUAUGGCUGCCAUCCAAAAUAUUUCAGGAAGGAUGUCUCUCUUGCAGAGGAGCCACCAGGUGAAAGUUUCAAAAGCAGUAUAGUUUCACUCCCUGAUACUGUCAGAAAUGAUGGAGUGCCCUUCAAUAUUGAUCUGAAUUAUCUUCUUGAGCAUAUUGAGGUGGAGGGUGAAGGUUCCAUGGGAUAUCAAGAAUUACUACUUUGGAGGCAGAGGUCAUUUUGUUCGAGGAUUUCCUCUGAAGAUGCUGCAAAGGACAUAUUUUCUGUGGGUUGUGUUUUAGCAGAGCUUUAUUUAAGGAAGCCACUUUUUGAUUCAACUUCUUUGGGCAUUUACUUGGAGAGUGGCAUAUUGCCUGGAUUGAUGCAGGAACUUCCUCCUCACACUAAAGUACUUGUUGAGGCAUGCAUUCAGAAGGAUUGGAUGAGGAGGCCAUCUGCUAAAAGUCUUUUAGAUUCGCCUUAUUUUCCCACAAUGGUUAAGUCAUCAUACUUGUUUCUUUCUCCCCUUCAACUUCUUGCUAAAGAUGUCUCUCGUCUUCGUUAUGCUGCGGGUUUCGCAAAGCAAGGAGCUCUCAAGACAAUGGGAGCAUUUACAGCUGAAAUGUGUGCUCCGUACUGCUUACCAAUAGUAGUGACCCCUUUGUCAGAUACUGAAGCCGAAUGGGCUUUUAUACUGCUGAAAGAAUUCAUAAAAUGCUUGACCCCAAAAGCAGUGAAAGCACUGGUCUUGCCUGCUAUUCAGAAGAUUUUACAGACUACAGGUUAUUCUCAUUUGAAGGUUUCUAUUCUCCAAGAUUCAUUUGUGCGAGAGAUAUGGAAUCGGGUUGGUAAACAAGCAUAUCUUGAAACAAUACAUCCUUUGGUCAUAUCAAACUUGCAUGUUGCUCCUCAUAAGAGUUCAGCCGCUGCUGCUUCUGUGCUGCUGAUUGGGUCUAGUGAAGAGCUUGGAGUACCUGUUACAAUUCAUCAGACUAUCUUGCCUCUAAUUCACUGCUUCGGGAAAGGUCUCUGUACUGAUGGAAUUGAUGCCCUGGUUAGAAUUGGUGGUCUUUUAGGGGAAGUGUUUAUUGUCAAACAAUUGCUACCAUUGCUAAAACAUGUUGUCCAUACCUGCAUUGAAGUCUCAUAUGUGAAGAAGCCUGAGCCUGUUCAGAGCUGGAGUGCUUUAGCUCUUAUUGAUUGUCUAAUGACAUUACCUGGCCUGGUUGCAUACUUGCCAAGGGAGGUGGUCGUAAAGGAGCUAAUUGGCGAUCAAAGUUGCCUUCUUGUUAUGGUUCUUGUGCAGAAGACUUUGGAAUUUGCGGUGCUUCAGGUUGCUGCUACUACUCUCAUGGCGGUUUGUCAGCAGAUUGGACCCGACUUGACAGCAUUGCAUGUUCUGCCACAACUUAAAGAGCUAUUUGAUGAGCUUGCUUUCUCACAGGAAAUCGCUGAAGGGUCUGCUUCUCCUGUCAGAAGCUUAAAGGUUUCUAAACCAAAAAUUGAUGGGGAGGUUCAAAUUGAAAGCCGUAUAGACCUCGUGUUGAUUCUGUAUCCUUCUUUUGCGUCUCUUCUUGGGAUAGAGAAACUUCGACAGAGUUGUGCGACGUGGUUGCUUAUUGAGCAAUAUCUUCUACGUUGUCAUAAUUGGAAGUGGGAAUAUACAGGAGAAUCACCUCGAGGUGGUUCAGAAAAUAUAAUCACUAAGAGGCCCAUAUUCUGCAAGGGCUCAACAUCCGAAUACAAUCCCGCAAAGCUGUUACUUAAUGGGGUUGGAUGGUCAAUUCCACAAUCACAAGGAGUUAGAGGUACCAAAAACUUGAUUCCUCAGAGAAGGAUUAAUGAUGUUCAUAAGAGUCCGGUUGAAAUGGAUGCAUCAAUGUCAAAACUUGUUAAGCGUGAGCCAUGGUUUUGGUUUCCUAGUCCAGCUUGUAGCUGGGAUGGGCCUGAUUUUCUUGGGCGUGUUGGGGGUCUAAAAGAUGAACUUCCAUGGAAGAUCAGAGCAUCUGUUAUAUACUCAGUCCGUGCGCAUCAUGGGGCAUUAAGAUCUUUGGCUGUUUGCCGAGAUGAGUGUACAGUUUUCACUGCAGGAACUGGCCCAGGAUUCAAAGGAACUAUUCAGAAAUGGGACCUGACGAGAAUUAAUUGUGUAUCUGGCUAUUAUGGUCAUGAAGAGGUUGUGAAUGAUAUUUGCAUCUUGUCGUCUAGUGGAAGGAUAGCAUCUUGUGACGGAACCAUACAUGUUUGGAAUAGCCGUACUGGGAAACUAAUAUCAGUAUUUUCUGAACCCUCGGUGGAUUCCACGCAUCUCGGAAGCCCUUUGUCUCCUGUUUCAAAGAUUAAUGCUGACCAGGCCAAUAUGCUACACUCCAAUACUCUAUCAAGUGGGAUAUUGACCAGCACCUUUGAUGGGAGCUUGUAUACUUGUAUGCAUCAAUUAGAAUUCGUUGAAAUGCUUGUAGUUGGCACUGGAAAUGGUUCUCUCAGGUUCAUUGAUAUUGCUCAGGGUCGAAAGCUUCAUCUGUGGAGGGGAGAAUCUGUUGACUCUGGUUUUCCUUCUCUUGUUUCCGCCAUAUGCUCCUGUGGGUCUGACACAAUACGAGCAGAUGGAACUUCUGCUUCACCAUCUUGGGUUGCAGCCGGUCUAAGUAGUGGUCACUGUAAGUUAUUUGACUUGAGGAGUGGAAAUGUUUUUUCCUCUUGGCGAGCUCAUGAUGGAUAUAUAACAAAGCUGGCUGCACCAGAGGAUCACUUACUUGUUUCAAGCUCUCAUGACCGGACUUUACGAAUCUGGGACUUGAGAAGGAAUUGGCCACCACAGUGUAGUACUUUCAAAGGUCAUACAGAUGGUGUGUCUGGCUUCUCUUUGUGGGGCCAAGAUGUUAUUACGAUUUCCAAAAAUAGGAUUGGGCUUACCUCUUUAUCUAAAGCUGCUGACGAAGAUGGGCACCCUCGGGUGAUACCUCAGAAACUCUACAUGGCGGAUCAUGGAGCAAAAAACUUGUCAGUGUUAUCGAGUAUAAGUAUUCUACCCUUCUCACGAUUGUUUCUUGUUGGAACUGAAGAUGGUUAUCUGAGAAUAUGUUGUUAGAUACAUGUUGAUGAUACCAAGAAGAAUAACAAGAAAAUGUCUUCAUAUAUGAUAAUGGCUCCUUUACCUAA